AUGCGACCGCUACCUUCAACUCUAGCUCUCGUGGCUCCCAGCGCCUGGGCAAUGUCAACAUCUGGCCGCGAACGAUACGGUCUUAUCGGCUACGGCAUCUCCAUGUAUGAUCCUCCCUGCGCCUUCGCAUGCAUCGACACAGUCAACGGAUGGGCUCUUCAAUGUGACGAUGAUCACGGUAUGGAUGAUGACAUGGGCUCAAUGCAUAUGGCUGCCGCAACACCAGAGUGCAAAGCUACUAAUGAUAUGUUUCUUGAAACCAUGGCGUGGUGCUUUUAUACACACUGCCCAGAAGCGAAGAAUUCAACCCUUGAGGGAGUUUGGGAGAUGGAUAUCGUCGGAAGACUGAAAACUCAACCCUCGCCCAAGUACUCGUAUCAGGUUGCCUUAUCUUCUGUUUCUGCAUCCCCGCCGAAGAGCAUCCUUGAGUCGAUGGCUGUGCUUAAUAAGACUUCUCUCGUGGACGAGGAUGUGUGGCUGAGCAACUUCAACGCCGAUGAUAUUUUUGAGAAGAUGGAGAUUGUGACAGAGAAAUAUGGAAUCAUUCUCAUGGCUACCUGCGUAGCUAUCCCCAUCGCCUUGUCCUGCCUUCGAUUCCUCCCAAUUCCUCAAUCCAUCAUCUCUCGAUUCUACGCCACCUUCAUCGAACCCCCUCUGUUCGGAAGCUGCCACGCCGUCCCAGUUCUCGGACUUGGCUUUAUUCCCACCCGCGGCCAGGGCCUAUUCAUCGCGUACAUAUGGGUCAUCAACAUAAUUCUUUCAUCGGUUGGAUACGAAUUAAGAGAUCCCAUGUCGUGGUACAGCUCCGUCGAGCAGCAGCUUGUGGCAUACAUCAGCAACCGUGUCGGUAUUUUGAGCUUCGUCAAUCUUGCCCUCGCUGUUCUCUUCUCGAGCCGGAAUAGCCUUCUCCUCUGGGUCACUGACUGGUCCUACUCGACCUUUCUUCUGCUUCACCGCUGGAUCGCUGUAAUCUGCAUGCUGCAGGCGUGCUUGCAUUCUGCCAUCUACUUGCAGAUCUACCUAGACCCCGCGAAGGGUGAAGGUGCGUAUGAGAAGGAAGCAAAGGAGGAUUACUGGGUCUGGGGUAUUGUGGCUACCUUAGCUUUGGUUCUUCUGAUGCCUCUGUCCAUCCUCCCACUCCGAAAGAAGCUAUACGAGGCUUUCCUGGCAUCGCAUGUGGUCCUCGCCCUUUUGUCAAUGAUAGGCUGCAUGCUGCAUAUCUUCUAUCGGUACGAGUGGCAGUGGGGAUAUCAGACCUGGAUAUGGAUCACCUUCGCUUUCUGGAUAUUCGACCGCAUACUGGCUAGGCCAAUGAGGGUGCUGCAGCACGGCGUCAAGAGAGCGAUCAUCGCGGUCAUAGACGAAGAUUACCUUCAGAUCACUAUUCCUGGUGUACAAGCAGAAGGCCGCGUCUACCUGUACUUCCCGACGUUGACUUGGCGCGUCUGGGAGAAUCAUCCCUUUUCCGUGGCGGCUGUCUCUACUCGCCCUGUCGGCUCUCCCAAGGGCCAAUCUCAAAAUGGCAGAGAGAAUUCCAGCUUGGAAGAGAAGAAUGUGACAAAUGUGACUGACCUCGAGCAAUACUCAUCCGACACCAAUGUCCCCGGCCUAGUCAUCUUGGUUCGACGCCACGGUGGUUUGACCUCUCUCUUGUCAGCCUCCAGAAACUCAACUGUCGGUAUCCCUGUUCUGAUUGAAGGCUUUUACGGUCACCAGUCUAUACUAGCUUCCCCAAUCUCAUCCCCAGAUAUCGAGUACCCCAACGUGAUCUGUGUAGGAGGAGGCGUUGGUAUCAGCGGCGUGCUAUCAUAUCUCAAUCAAAGUCCAAGUGCGCUAGGUCUUGGAGGUAAGAAGAAGCUGCUCUGGGGCGUGAGGACCGAGCCACUCGUGGAGGCGGUACGAACAAUUAUUCCACGCGUUGGUUUCGCCGCAGAUGGCCAAGAGACGUGGAACGACUUUGAUAUUUCAGUCUCUGUUGGACGGCGGAUUGAUCUCAAAAAGGCGUUUACGGAAGAGCUUGGAAGCGCUGUGGGUGGCACAACGGUAGUUGUUUGUGGGCCAGCUGGUAUGGCGGACGAAGUCAGAGCUACAGUUACGGAAUUAGGGACAAGAGGCGUAGUCGUGAGAUUGGUUGAGGAGAGUUUUGCAUGGUAA